UCUCAAUAUUGGGUCACCUUGUCGCGUUUUAACGCUCCGUGGGCCGAGUCGUUGCGUGUCUAGGGCAGAGCGAGUCAUCUGUGCGUCCAAGGCACCCGCUGUCGACCCCUAGGAGCCGCGCCGCUAGUCCCCUCUCUCUCACUCCCGGACCAGUGAAAUGGCACUUGCGCUCAGGUCGAUCCGCCAUUCGCUCUCGCGUCCGCUCCUCGGCCAGUUCGCGUGCCGCACUCUGCCAGUCUCCUUGUGUCUACCGGCAGUGAGGAACCUUUGUGAAGCCAUGUCCCUCCCACGCGUUUUCUUCGACAUGACCGUCGACGGCCAGCCCGCCGGCAGGAUCGUGAUUGAGCUGAGAAGCGAUGUUGUCCCCAAGACUGCUGAGAACUUCCGGGCACUCUGCACUGGCGAGCAGGGCUUUGGCUACAAGGGCUCCAUCUUCCACCGUGUCAUCCCCAACUUCAUGUGCCAGGGUGGUGACUUCACCAACCACAAUGGCACUGGUGGCAAGUCCAUCUACGGUCGCAAGUUCGCUGACGAGAACUUCCAGCUCAAGCACACCGGACCUGGUAUCAUGUCCAUGGCCAAUGCUGGUCCCAACACCAACGGCAGCCAGUUCUUCAUUACCACUGUGAAGACCAGCUGGCUCGACAACAAGCACGUCGUCUUCGGCAGUGUGAUUGAGGGCAUGGAUGUCGUGAAGAAGUUGGAAUCCUUCGGCUCCCACGAUGGCAAGACCUCCAAGAAGGUGGUUGUUGCUGACUGUGGCCAGCUGUCAUGAACACCUGUGCAACUAGCCAUUUUAACUUAAAUUUUUUUUCUUGUGGCUACCUAUUCAACUUGAUCUUCAUUCCCUCAUGUAAACUGACAUUAAUGUAUCAAUUGGAGACUGUUCUGCAUUUAGACAGUUUUAUCAUGUGUGCCAGUUGGUGUUACUGUGAUGUUACCAUGCACCUUGUGUAAUUUCCUUGUGAUUAGCCGUGUUUGCUGUCAUGUAUGAUAGAAGAAAAAUGAGUGUUCCUCAUACCUUUUCAUUUUGAAAUAAUUUUAUGUGGUGAAAUACAUCUUGCCUUCAUGUUA